AAAUGGACCGAAGAAUAAAAAAUGGACCACCUAGGACAGCAUGUUUCACUGAGCCUACGGCGGGACAUAAUGGCCAUUGUGGCCGCGAGCCGGUCUUGGAAAGAGACCCGGGAUGUGAUGAUGAGAAAAUAUUUGGCAGCAAAGAAGAUGACGACGGAGGCCGAUUUAGCGGCAGUCCAGAGGAAGAACUUCGUAGCGUACAAUGACUUCCUAAGGGAGUUUACUUUGCUAGCCCUAAGGAUCCCCGGGGUUACGCACCGGAUAAUGAGUAAGUACUUCCUCAGACAGUUCUCCGAGUUCGACAAGGACAAGAUCCUGUCAGCUUACCAACAGACGAGCAAAUUCGUAAAUAUCAGGGACGUUGAUUUCAAUACCGUAAUGGAUCUGGCUGAGAAGACGGUAGUGACCGAGACAUUGGCCUUGCUUAAGGAAGGGGAGAUCAUAGAUCUGACCGGUAGGACAGGCGACAAGGUAAAGAAGGGGAUUAAAAGUCUACAUGAACGGGUGCACGGAGUCGACAACAAAAUUGAAAGGGUGGAGAACGCGCUCCUGGUUAUGCAGGCGCAAGUAUCCCGACCCAACCUCCCUCCCCAGGAAGCCGUAGUUCCGCCAGGUGUAGCCAAUCGAGGGUUCGGACGGAGGGAUCCUGCUAACGAACAAUGCAGGUAUUGUACCGCAAUGGGACAUUAUGUGCGCGCAUAUCCAAAACUCAACCAUGAUAUAUUAAAAAGGAGAUGUACCAGGUCAUUAAAGGGAGAGAUAUUCGGACCACAGGGACAACGGGUGAAUUGGAACUCGCCAGGGGGGAUGCGGCGAGCCGUUAUCAUGCUCAAUGGGCUAGAGAUAGCAGCCGUAGAAGCUGAGCCGGUGGUCGAAAUCAUCUGGGACCAACUUCGGGGCCGCGGGCUGGAGGUCAACUUCAUUUUGGAAAAUGACGGACGUGAUAGGGUGAACGCGACUACUCGGCUAGGGACGGCCGGGAGAAGGAUUAUCCGUGACACCGUGAUGGAGUUGGUUGUUGGAAGCUCCGUACCCCAAGCAAAGCCAGAGGCCGGAGAUUCAGAGAAAGCCUAUGGGAAGCCUAGGGAAAAGGAGCCUACGGACAAGGUUACCGCUGCUAAGAAGAAGUUUAGAUACCAAAUCCCGAUCUUAACCUUGCCCGAGAUCGACGACACACUUAGCAAGUUGGCAGGGACCAUGGUGUCGGUGUCGUUCCAAACCAUGCUGCAGGCCAGCCUUAGGUUGCUCAAAGGGCUUAGACAAUUGUUGACUCGGCGUCGAGUGGAGAUAGACAAAAACCCCGAAGCACCGGAAGAAGAAAGGGAGGAGGAAGUCCCGCAAGAGAUCGCUAACCUUCAGAGGAGUCGCGGGGAUUUAGAGGAUCUUGAGAAAGCCUUUGCAGACAUCCGUUUGAGCUUACCAGACCGAGAAGGUGGCGAAGUCAUGAGGGCACCUCCUGGGACAAAGCUCAGUUUCCAUACGCUACCCGUAGGAAAAUUAAACAUUCUGAUUGGAACUCAUCAUACCGACGCAUUAGUAGACGGGGUAGCAGAAAUCACUCUCAUAAGGAGGGAUUUCGCAACGGUCACGGGCUGUACGGUAAAUAAGGAAGUAACAGGGAGCAUCCGGGGAGCCGGUGGGGAAAUUCCGUUCGUUGGGUAUGUCAUGAAGUGCGCAGUCAAGGCAGGCGUCAGGGAAUCGAUCUGGUCGUUUCAACGGAUGACCGUAAUGGAGGAAAUGGAUCACGACAUAAUCCUUGGGAGGCCAUGGUGCGCAAAUGUAGAAAUGAUAGGCAUGCACUUGCACGAUGGGACGUACAUGGCAGACAUAGAGGACCCAGUGACCGGCCGGGGUGAGCUCCUCCGACUCCUCGGAACGGGAGGGGACCCUCCGAAGGGGAAGUUGGCAACGUGGUCGUCGUCAUUUGAAGAUAGCGCACGGAAAGGGGCUUUCGCACGGAUGGAGGGCAUGAGAGAAAGGGUAGAAAUUAUGAUUGAGGAGGCGUUCAACAAGAAGGAAUGGAUCAAGAUGGGCCUGCCCCAGAAGAAGAGGAGGCAGGAGGACGAAGUCUUAGGUCUUAUGGUAGCAGAGAAGGAGUCAGAAGUCGAACUCGGUGCCAGCCUGCCCAAACGGAAAGAAAUGUACGCAUGGACGUGCCAGAAGUCGCACUUGAGAUCCCCGAUUUGUUACAGCUCAUCAAGGCCCUUAGAUACCACAAGAGGCAACGAGGGUAAUCCCGACCGUUCAUUUUUUCGGAGAAAGAUCCCGAAAGGAAGUGUUCGAAAAUACAAGCCGGUAGAAAAGAAGGCAAAACCGGUCUCGAUCCUGCUAGAGACGUCAAAGGAAGAGGCUAUGGAGAAGGAGGAGGAAGUCCUCCGGGUGAUCCAAGAGAGAAGAGCGACAGAAGGGCAUCGGAUACCAGAUGAGGUAGUUGAUACAAUGAAGAUAGGGGUAGACGGAUUCCUAACAGAAGAGGAAAACCGCCUGAUCAAAAAGACUUGCCAAGAGUUUCACCUGGCAUUUGCCUUUAGUGAUCACCAAAAGGGGCGGUUGGACGCGAAGCUGAUUCCUCCGAUCAGAAUCCACACGGUAGAACAUGAGUGCUGGAAUGACAAGGGUCCGUCCUAUGAAUUUGGGAUAGCAGUGGAAGUGACAGACCUUCUUCGAGCGAAGAUGGACUCCUUCGUCGCAGAACCUACGGCGUCGCCAUACGCAAACCGGUGGUUCGUCUUUCGAAAGCCCAACAAGACGCUAAGGUGGAUUCAGGAUCUGCAUAAAUUGAAUGUGGUAACCAUCCGGGAUGCUGACUCGCUACCUCAGGCUGAUUUAUUAGUAGAGUCGCACGCCGGUCGGAGCAUUUACUCUCUGAUCGAUCUGUACUUAGGAUACGACAAGCUUCCAUUGGAUGUCCGGGACAGGCCUUACACCGCAAUGCACACCCCCAUAGGACAGUUGCAGAUGCAGGUGACUCCUAUGGGCUUUACGAACGCGGUAGCCGAGGCACAAAGGAGAAUGGUCGUCGUAGCCGGAGACAUGUUUCCAGAAAAAUGUGAGCCCUAUAUUGAUGACAAUCUGAUCAAAGGCGCCCAGGAGAAAGACGAGACGGAAGUCCAGCCAGGAAUCCGAAAGUUUGUAUGGGACCACCUACAAGACAUCAAAGACUUACUUCGCCGUUUCCUAGUAUACAACAUCACAACUACUGGACCAAAGAGUAUUCUCCCGGUACCAGAGGUAACUAUACUAGGAUUUCGCUACGGUGCUUACGGUAGGAAGCCAGAUCCGCGAAUACAGACAAGAUAUCGCAGUGGCCAACACCCCUCGGACGACAACAGAGGUAAGAGCAUUCCUAGGCGUGGUCGGCUCUUGGAGAAUUUUCAUUAAGAAUUUUGCCAAGAUUGUUGAACCUAUCCAAGCUAUGAUCAGAGAAGAAGGAACCAUAGACUGGACGGAAGAGCGGGAAGGAGCCGUC